GCGGCGGUUGCCAGGAGCCCGCGUUGCCGCCUGAGACCCGUAAUAUGGCGGGGAGGAGGAGGAGAAGGCGGCGGUGGACCGAGCUGCUCUGUGUCAGUACCGACUGAGCAGUUUGAUUCCUGACAAGGCCCGUGGCGAGGGGAGAAAAGCUUACCGGGCCGUGGGAGAUCAGGAACCAAGCACUGUCGCUGCCCUCCAGGAGUUCAUAAUCUAGUGCUAAAAAUCGUCGUCACCAUCCUCCUCUUCAUAAUCAAAGCAGCCUCAUUUAUUGAUGCUUUGUGCAUGUCCUGCAAUAUACUAUUUGCCACACGUGUGUUAGUUCAUCGAAUCCUCACAGAAUCUCUUUGAGACAGAUACUCUGAUUAUCCCUAUUUUACAGAUGAGGAAACUGAGGCAUAGAGCUGUACUUUUAUCAAGUGUCGACUGUGUGCUGGCAGUGUUCUAUGUAAUGGGGAUUCAGUGGUGAGCAAGACAGAAGGUCCCUGUGCUUAUGGAGCUUACGUUUUGGUGGAGGAAAACAGACGAAAACCAAGGAAAUAAGAUAAUUUCAGAUAGUGUGGGAUUGUGGAAAGAUGGAGGACUAUGAGAAGUUCUGUGAGAGGAGUCUUGCCCGAGUCCAAGAAGCGGCCCUCUUGCCAGAGAGCUUCCUGCCUGUGCAGUCGGAGAGCGUCUCGCUGAUCCGCUUCCGUGGGCUGGCCGUGCUUUCUCCACUGCUUAACAUUGAGAAAAGAAAGGAAAUGCAACAAGAAAAGCAGAAAGCACUUGAUGUAGAAGCAAGAAAGCAGGUUAAUAGGAAGAAAGCUUUACUGACUCGUGUCCAGGAGAUUCUGGAAAACGUUCAGGUUAGAAAAGCACCUAAUGCCAGUGAUUUUGAUCAAUGGGAGACUGAAACAGUUUACUCUAAUUCAGAAGUCAGAAACUUGAAUGUUUCUGCUACAUUUCCAAAUAUCUUGCCAAGCCCUACUGAACACUCUACUUUAGCAAAAUUUGAAAAGAUGACUGGAAUUUUGCCAUUGAAUAAUGAGGACCAAUUUAAAUCUAAUGGGAUAGACUUAGCUAGGGACUCAGAAGAAUUUACUUCUCUGAAGCCAUGUGAUAGUUCAGGUAUUAGCCACACAGAAAACGAAGCUUCUCUGAAGACCUCAGCAGCCCCCCAAGAGACUCCGACUUCUGAUGGUCUCUUUCCAGCAAAUGGAGCACAGGAUCCAUUGCUUUUGGAAGAAGUUACUCCAGAUCCCUACAUGAUAAGUCUUCAGAAUCUGAUGAAAAAGUCAAAGGAAUAUAUAGAAAGAGAACAAUCUAUACGCAGUCUGAGAAGUAGUGCAAAGAGGAGUGUUAACGAGAGUCAGUCAGACAAAGAAAACGGUGCUGUUAAAGUGAGUGAUUGCAUAAAGGAGAAGGCCCAGUUGAUAGGCAGGCACUGUGGCUCAGUGGUUCCUGACAAACCAAGCCUUAAUGAGUCAAACGUUCUUCUCCAAGGUGCUUCCGCUCCGGUAGGCAGCAGGAAUGCGUCAGCUUCAGGGAGCUUUUCUAAAGUGGAUCUGCCUAUACGGACUGAUCCGGAUCCUGAUUUUAAACUUGUUCCCUCUUUUGUUACUGAAAAUAAUGUUCUCAAAAGUCUUACUGGUUCAUAUGCCAAAUUACCUAGUCCAGAGCCAAGCCUGAGUCCCAAAAUGCACCGGAGGCGUUCUAGGCCUUCAUCAGCAUGUCAUAUUCUCAUAAAUAACCCGAUAAAUGCCUGUGAAUUAAGUCCUAAAGGAAGAGAACAGGCAGUGGACUUAGUUGUGGACCAUACCGAUGAAAAAACAAACGUACCCGAAACUGUGCCAAAACUACCGGUUGAUUUAGCAGGAGUUUGUCCAAGCAAGGUUUAUGCCAGCAAAAAUACGUCUGAAGCCAUACAGGAAAUGGUUUUAGGGAAAUCAAACCAGGUAUGUCAGCCUUCGGGAAAUCAAUUAGAAAAUAAAGUUAUCCAUGGACUUGCUAUCCUGGAAGGUCAGUUAACAUCUGAUGGGGGAGGACCACACAAAAUGGACGGUAGCUGUACUGCGAUGCCAAGGUUGCACGAGCCGUAUGCCACCAGUCAGUGUCCAGCGAGUCAAAACUUUGGAAGCACGAGUGGGCUCAAAUCAGCCAGUGCGUUAGGGAAAAACUGCAAUUUACAGAUGGAACUGAACAAGUCUUAUGAUGUAAAAAACCCAUCGCCUUUACUGAUGCAAAACCAGAAUACCAGACAGCAGCUGGACACCCCGACAGUGUCUUGUGGAAAUGAACAACUUUUGCAUAAUAGUUUUGAGAAAGUUAAACGGAGGCUUGAUUUAGAUGUUGAUAGUUUGCAAAAAGAAAACUGCCCUUAUGUCAUAACAGCUGGAAUAGCUGAACAGGAAAAGCAACAUUUGCCAGAAAAAAGAUACCCUAAGGGAUCUGUCUACAUCAACAAAAAUAAAAUGAUAGAAAGUAGUUUCAAAGAAGGUGAGGAGAUAUUAAAAAGCAAGAUCUUCGCUUUUGAAGAAAUGCGGAAGAGACUGGAAGAACAGCAUGCCCAGCAGUUGUCGCUCCUCAUAGCCGAGCAGGAAAGGGAACAGGAGAGAUUGCAGAAGGAAAUAGAAGAACAAGAGAAGAUGUUAAAAGAGAAGAAGGUGAUUGCAGCAGAAACAUCUGAAUUGGAUAUUAACAAUGCGGUGGAGUUAGAAUGGAGAAAAAUAAAUGACUCUGGUUUGCUAGAUACAAUGCUGUCUCAAGUGGACUCACUCCAUACUUCAAAUUCAAAUAGUUCUGGUUUCACAAAUUCUGCCCUACAACACAGCUUUGGUUCUGUAAGUGAAGCGCCGUUCUACCUCUGGGCAUCAUCAACAAGUGGCUUGACCAAACUCUCAGUAACAAGGCCUUUUGGAAGGGCCAAACCUAAAUGGUCUCAGGGUUUCAGUCCAGAAGUACAAGCAAAAUUUAGCAAAAUCACCGCAGUGGCUAAAGGAUUUCUUACUCGUCGGCUCAUGCAGACAGAUAAGCUAAAGCAACUCCGACAAACUGUGAAAGAUACUAUGGAAUUCAUAAGAAGUUUUCAGUCAGAAGCACCGUUGAAGAGAGGAGUCGUUUCAGCGCAAGAUGCUUCUCUUCAGGAGAGAGUGUUUGCCCAGUUGCGAGCUGCCCUGUACGGUAUUCAUGACAUAUUCUUUGUAAUGGAUGCAGCUGAAAGGAUGUCCAUUCUACAUCACGAUCGAGAAGUUCGCAAAGAGAAAAUGCUCAGGCAAUUGGAUAAAAUGAAAAGUCCACGAGUGGCUCUUUCAGCUGCAACACAGAAGUCUCUUGAUAGGAAGAAGUUCAUGAAAGCUGCUGAAAUGGGGAUGCCAAAUAAGAAAUUUCUGGUUAAACAAAAUCCUUCUGAAACAAGAAUCCUUCAGCCAAACCAAGGACAGAAUGCGCCUGGUCACAGGCUGCUUAGUAGACAAGGAACCCCUAAGACAUCAGUGAAGGGGGUUGUGCAGAAUAGACAGAAGUCUUCACAGAGCAGAGUGCCUAACAGAGCGCCUGGUUCAGGAGUAUAUGCAGGAAAAAUCCAAAGAAAGCGGCCAAAUGUUGCGACAAUUUAAGAAGACAACAUUCAUUAGGAUAAAAAAGGGGAAGGGUUAUCAUCUGUAUUCUUUUCCCUGCCCAAGACUUUUUAUUCAACCCUGGACUCUGGUGACACAGGCGAGGUGACGUCAAAGGGCUGAGCAAGUAUCUGGAUAAUUUGGGUCAGUCUGGCUAAUUCCUUCCCCACACCUGCAUUUUCCUCUUCAUAUUAGGUUUGGGUGAAGACAAAUUAGUAUUUAGUAACUGACCCAAUUCUGUGCUUAACCUGUACAAACAUCUUUGUUUUAUGUACCCAGAUCUCUGCCGAGAAACUUUUUGUAAAGGAUAUUUGGGUUUAUUUCUAUAAAAUAUUGAAAAUGUGUGAUAAAUUAUAAAUAAGUUCUGAAAUAUAAAUUUCAUUCAUCUCUGCAUACUGAUUGCUGAAUUUGAUAAACAAAUUAGAUACUGUUCUAUUGGAGGGGAAAUUAUUGCACAAGAAUGUUUUCUCCUGGUUUCUAACUUUAAAAAAACUGAUUAAUCUCUCCGUCUUCGUAUGUUUGGACUUAGAGUAUACCUUAUAGGGUAAGCCCUUGCCUGCUGUUUGUGGUCCACCUGAAACGUACCAUAGACUUAGCUGGGCCACCAUUUUGUUCCCAAGUACACACUCCUCUCAACAACAUGUCUUACAGAAAUGUUAGGUUAAUGUGUGUUACUCUUAGAAACAUUUCUACUAAAUUAUAAAAUCUUUCUGUGGAAGGUAACAGAUUUGGAGAAGACAGCACAAUCUUCUUGAAUGUAGUAGCACUUAGAAAUGCAUCAUUACAUCCAUUUCUGUAAAAUAGAAUAACGUUGCAUGUAGUUAUAUUUUCUAUUUAGUAUGUGUAUUUUGUUUCUUCAUAGUCUGCUCUUUCUAGCAUGCUUGAUUUAGGAGAGAAUAAAGGGCUAUAUAAUAUAAAUUCAUAUUUUCAAAUGGGAUAGAAAUACUGUCUAGUUGAAAUUCUGCAUUACUUAAGAGGCACUGAUGUUUAAGGUUUUUCAUCACUAACUUAUUGAUUUAAAACAUAAACCAAAAAAUGCUACCAAGGGAACAUGAUUUUAUGAAAGAGACUGUUACUGUUAAUUUAUCUUAGCAUUUCCAAAAAGGGCUUUGUGCUUCUCACAUAAAAUCGAAAUGUGUGCAUUUAAUCUUUCUAACUUGAAUUUUAAAAAGAUACUGGUAUUUUGAAAAUGCAGACUAUAUAUAUUCUUAAUGGCCUUUUAAGAAUGUGGAGAUAAAGAUUGUUUUCUCUGAGUUUCUAUUCUAUUUGAAAUUUAACUUUUACAUUCAGCUGUAGACAGAAGAUAAUCUACUCUGGGUGUAAACUUGAUUUUCUUCAUUCAGAUGUAUCAUUUAUUGAAUGAAUGAACGAGAAAAUUGGAAGACAGUCAAAAAUAUCUGAGUUACCAAUUUUUUAUUUGUAGGCAAAGUAUAUCAAAUUACCUUCUUAAUAUGAUAAAUUGUGCUUUAUCAUUCGGAGAACUCAGGACACAGCUUACCCAUAUCAAUGUGGGUCUUUCCAGUAAGAAAGAUAGAUGCUAAAACUUUUGUGUACACUAAUACAAAUUAGUUAAAACAAAUAGUAUGUUUUGGAGGUGAAAACUAGUUUUAGAUUAAGGAUGAGAAAUUUGAGUUUUUUUUAAUUUAAAGAUAAAAACGUGUAUUUUACACAUUUUUUUAUGUUCUCAGCUUUUUCUAAUAAAAGUGCCAGACAUUGUUUUGUGCUUUU